CAGUUUCAGCAAGUUCGUCUUCAGUCAUGGAACAUAUUGUCUCUGUAAAUGAAGCACAACCGGUUGAGUUUUUUCAUGGAGUUGAGGAUGACUUUGGAGGUGUCAUUGUUGAAGUGAAGGACCCCUUGGAUUCCGAGGUCUUUGUUGCUACUCUCAGAGCUUCGAUAUCAAAAUGGAAGCAAGAGGGUAAGAAAGGUAUUUGGAUGAAAUUGCCCAUUGAACAUAUAAAUCUUGUUGAACCUACUGUUAAGGAGGGGUUCUGGUACCACCAUGCUGAGCCAAAAUACUUGAUGCUUGUGUAUUGGAUUCCUGAAACUCCUAGUACUAUACCUGCAAAUGCUUCACACAGAAUUGGUGUCGGUGCUUGUGUGGUAAAUGAUAAAAGAGAGAUUCUGGUGGUACAGGAGAAAAGUGGCAAGUUUGGGGCCACAGGUGUUUGGAAGUUCCCUACUGGCGCUGUUGAUGAGGGAGAAGAUAUUUGUAAGGCAGCAGUAAGGGAAGUUAAAGAAGAGACAGGAAUUGACGCAGAAUUUGUUGAAAUACUGGCAUUUAGGCAAAGUCACCAGUCAUUUUUUGGGAAGUCAGAUUUACUCUUUGUUUGCAUGUUGCGGCCUCUCUCCUCAGACAUCCAGAAGCAAGAAGUAGAGAUCGAGGCAGUACAGUGGAUACCAAUUGAGGAUUAUGCAGCGCAACCAUUUGUUCAGAAUCAUAAGCUAGCAAAGUACUUGAGUGACAUCUGCAUUGCGAAGAUUGAUAAAGGGUAUGCUGGAUUUUCUCCGGUGCUUACAACUUCAGCUUUUUCAGAAAAGCCAUUUGAUUUGUACUUGAACAGCCGUGAUCUGAAUGAGCCCGGAGGAGAGAGUAAAAGGGCAUAUGAUGCUGGCAGUGUGAAGGUCAUUUUUCCUGUUCUUUCCAAUUUUAACUGA